UAUUUGCUCCCCGUAUCAUUAUCACACGAAAACCAUUAGAUACAUAUCAUAAAAUAAAUAUCGAACAAUCAUCCAACUUGAUUCAAUAUCGUUAGUUUCUAUGUUUAUUCCAGUAAUAUAUCUUAUUAUUUGUGAAAGAGAUUUUAAACGAAAUAUUUUAUAAAUUAAGGAAACAAAAGCAUUAUUAUUUCAUCGCAUACGCAAUUAUCAAUAAUCUUUAAGUAUCUGAAAAUUAAAAUCGCAAUCAGAAACACAAAAAUAUGAUCUGAAAUCUUUUCAGAAUGCAUUACAUAAUUUUAAAAGUGUUUUGUCUUUAAAUCAAGUACCAAAUAGAUAAUACGUAAUCUUAUCACCUCAGAUGGUACAAGAACUACUAUCGUAUAUAAGCCAAUGAAAAGAAUUGCAUAGCAUCAGUCUUCGGGAUUCGGUGGAAGUAUCACAACAUACUUCGAAGAUGAAAUUCGCAUUGGCACUGCUGGCCAUCGUGGCUACUGCCUCCGCCAAAAUCGAGAUUCCCAAUUUUGGCAGGGGCGAGCUUUACAAGGACAUUCAGGAUUUCUUAGAUCUUAUGCCCCAGGAAGAAAUCUUAGCCAUCACUCUGCAGUACUAUGGUGAGGACAAGGAAUUCCAGACCAUGAUUCAGUACUUCCAAUCCAAGGAGUUCAAGAAUUUGGUAGCCGAGGUCGAAGCUCUGCCUGAGAUCAAGAUCUUGAUGAACUACAUCCAUGAUGCCGGCAUCGACAUUUACAAGAUCGUGAACUUGUUGAACGACGCCUUGGGUCUGCCUCCACUCACUCCACCUAGCACCCUCGUCCUCGGUACUCAAAUCACCGGUGGAAUCAAGGGAUACGUCAAGGACAUCCUGGCUAUCCUACCAUCGAAGGAACUCAAUGAUCUCUACGAGAAGAAACUGAAGACCUCCGAGGCAUUCAGGAGCUUCAUCAAACAGCUGGAGUCCAAGAAUUUCCAAGAGAUCGUCAACAAAGUCUACGUCAACCCGAAAUUCCAAGCUCUCCUGAAGCACGCUAAGGACGCUGGUAUUGAUCUCAUAGUCCUCAAGGACUUGCUGAAGAUUCUUUGGGGCAUCACCGUUCCCGGCAACUAGAUCAUAACGUUGGACACACUACGUACUUCAACGCUACGGUGAAAAGCGAAUUUCUUUCCCGUCACCAAAUAGGUCGACAGUAUUUUCAAAAGGCCACGUCAUUUCGUGAAUAUUAUAGACUGUUUGGCUACGUAUCAUAUCAUACAUGUAUAUCACUUACGCAAGAUCAGAAAUAAAGAACAUUCUGUUAUA